CGCUUCCCCAUCGAAGUGUGUGAGAACAUCAUCGACAUGCUUUACUCGGUCUACCUCAUAGACCAAGUCGAACAUAGUCGCGCCUUGCAUAGCUGCGCCCUCGUAUGCAGAGCUUGGCGGGUCCGCUCCCAGCGUAACCUAUUCUAUGCGGUUGUUUUCCACGACCUGGCAGCCAUCGAAAAGCUCUCCACUGUCCUCGACAACGCGCCCCAUCUGUGUGAGUAUGUCCACGAAGUGACACUCAUCGGGCGCACCCUUCAUACCACAGCCAGUCCUCUCUCGCUCUUGCCCAUCGCCCUCCAUGGGAAGCUCCCCAAGCUUCAAGCGGUCACUAUUAAACAUGUUAGCGAACAUGAAGAUUGGUACCCUAGCGCAUCUGAAUUGGAAUCCAAAUCCACGAAGUCCCUACAAUACCUUCCUCUUCAUCCCCGCUUCUCGCUCUUCUUCUCUGCAUUCACAUCUCUUGCGACCCUUCAAAUCUACGAAAGCACAUUCCGGCAUUUCAGCGACUUCGCCAGGAUGAUCGAUUCCCUUCCGGCAUUGCAAAUCCUCAUGUGCAUCGAGGUG